GAAAAGCAGAAAAUGCUUUCUUGGGGGACAUCAAUAUUUGAGAGGCAUGUAAUCCAACCCUUUUGGGGGGAUUUUUAAAGGAGACACCCGAUCCACUAUUGAAAAGCGCCCGUCGGUUUGUAAAUCUAAUUAGGACAUCCGACACUAUACUAUUGGAUCAUAUCUCAUUACUGACACAAGAUGACAGCAUGUAAACACUAACAUGACUGUCCUUGUGCACAACUUAAACUAGCUUGUUAACUGUUUCAUUAGACUCUGAAUUAUGCAGUGAAAGUAUCUUCUGACCUCAACACACAUGCAGAUCAUCAUUUCCAUGUAUAGUACAAUCAGAGUUGUGCAUAGGAUUUGGUCACAAUGUGUGACAUGUGGUCACUGAUAUAGGAUCUGAAUAAGCGUCUAGGCUGACGUGAACUGGUCAACCACUUGCCUGAAUCGCAGACAAGUCCAGUCCGUUCCCAGACCAACUGUGAGUGCGUCCUGGGGAAGCCCCGGGGCUUCUCAGUCCUCAUGAUCAGAACUCUCCUGAAUUCAACCACACACCAUAUUACCAAAAGACAUUGCUAAACUGGCACCAAACAUAUUUUACAAGAUGAAAAAAGUAUAAAUAUUAACCAUUACAUUCACUCAGUUACAGUGUAAGUAUAACUUUGCCUAUAUUCGGAAAUUCCUUUGCUGCUUUCCCGGCCAAUUAUGUGUGAGGUCUCUGCUCCGGCCUUUAUCUGUGUUUAUGAUUACGCUCUCGCUCACAUUCUGGGAUUCAACAUGAGAUGCUUCUGCAAGACCACCAAGAGUUCAGAGCACUGUCUCAUCCCAGGAAGCUGCAAUACUUUCUAUUUCUGUCUGGAAAAUUUGGAAAAAGGAAGCGGAGUCUAGAAAAACCCAUGUAAAAGGAUGAUUAGAAAGAAGUCAAUUCUACGGCUUGUGCUGCUCAGUUUAUUAUCACUGGAUUUGUCUGUUGGACAACUCCUGACGGAAGAGACCUGCAAUGUCCAGAUCCUUGUUCCAGGACUAAAAGGGGAACCUGGGGAGAAAGGAAUCAAAGGAGCGCCAGGAAGACCAGGACGAGUUGGACCUCAUGGCGAAGAUGGUCAUGCUGGGAUCAAAGGUCAAAAAGGCAUCAUGGGUCGCUAUGGCAAAUUGGGCCCCAGUGGGAUAAAAGGUUACAAAGGAGAUGUUGGAGAUCCAGGACCCCAGGGACUAACCGGAGAUCCAGGCGUUCCUUGUGAGUGUGCACCAAUGAGGAAGUUGAUAGGAGAGAUGGAUAUUGUCGUGGCACAACUUUCCUCUGAGCUGAAGUUCAUCAAAAAUGCACUGACCUCCCCUGCAGCUGUUGCUGGCAUAAAGGAGACGGACAGUAAAAUCUAUCUGAUGGUGAAGGAGGAGAAGCGCUACUUUGACGCCGAGGCCCACUGUCAGAGCAGAGGAGGGCACCUUGCCAUGCCCAAGGAUGAGACCGCCAACACAGCCAUCGCUGCGUACAUCACCCAAGCGGGUCUGAGCAGAGUCUACAUUGGCAUCCAUGACUUGGACCAAGAGGGAGUUUUCACUUACGUUGAUCGCUCUCUAGUAUCUACGUUUAACAAAUGGCGGCGAGGGGAACCCAACAACGCCUAUGAUGACGAGGACUGUGCUGAGAUGUUGGCCUCAGGCGAGUGGACUGAUGUUUCUUGCCACCCGACCAUGUAUUUUGUUUGCGAGUUUGACAAGGACAGCAUCUGAGCAGCAUCAUUUCUGAGCAUCUCUGCAUAUAAAACAAUGCACAAGCUGUGCGCUGUGACGUAGUCUGUGGUAUAUUUAUUUUCUCGUUCGAAAUUCAAACAUUUAAUCAACUCUUCUGUCGUAAACUUUAAUAUAAGACUGUUUUGGUUUCCCCUAUAACUGACUGAAGGUUGUGCUAUUGUCAAUUAUACAGAUACUUUGUUUGACAAUAGGAGCACAUUUGGAUCCAGUCAAGCACCUUCAAUCACAGAAACAAUAUCUGUACUGCAUGCAAAAUUAUGAGUUAUUUGGCAGUUGCACCACAAUCAAAGAAAACAAAAACAGACAAGAGUGUGUCUGCAUUAUUCAUCAAGGUUGUAUAGGGGCUUCCUCAAUAGUAACACAAAUCAGCAGAAGUUCAAAGACCAUUGUAAGAACUGUUAAUUUAAAACAAAAAUUGAAAAAAGCAAAUUGUCAUUACGAACCCAUAAGUGUCAAAUCACACUUUAGUGAGUAGUUAGUUUAAAACAAGAAUAGUAUUUCGACAUAUAUUCGACACAUAUAUUUUUUAAAACCACCUCUACUAUAAUGAUAAUUUUGUUUUGCUUGCUAUAAAUAUAUUUCUUGUUAAUUAGAAUUUUUCCUAGCCGUCUUCCUUCACUUUUAUUUCUAUUUCUAUUUGUUACCUCUCUUUUAAAACAUUUUUUAUAACUGUGCUGUAAAAUAUUAACUAGUAUGAAUCCAGCUGAGAAAACUGAGUAUGACUGGUCCCUUUAAACACAAUUAAAAAAACAAAACAAUACAUUAAUUAUACACUGAACAUUUGACAGUGUGUCAAAAUGCCAAAACCACAAUGUUUGACAAGCAUAGAUUGCUCUGGCAUUUUCCUCUUUAAAAGAAAGAAUCUUUGCUUCCGUUGUGAUUAAUUGUUGUCUUUAUGCACCGUGCUUUUGUUUUAGAGGCAUCUCUUGGCUGAAGGAUUUUGAAUAUUCAUGACGAAGACCUCCUCAUAAAGCUCAGCGCCAGUCCUCUGAAGAAUUGAAUAAUUAAUGUGACAAUGAAUUAUGCAUUUCAUUGACCAAGAGUUUUCUGACACAAACCAUUAUGUGCCAUUGUUGUUGGUGGAACCUCUGGUCGCUCUUGUGGUAAACAAUGUUGGACAGAUGUGAGUAACAGCAGAUAAUUACUGCGAAAAUGGCCUGCAAAGAGGAGAUAAUAGUCAUAUGUGAGAAUGAGAAUAAAACAAUGAAACUGUACUUGAUUUAAUCGCUUCCCUUAUGUGCUAAACCUGAAUAUAUUAUUAUAAUUAAUGGGGUUUUAGCGUCUGUUUCCACAUUCAAUAAGAGGAUGUUUUGUUUUUUUUCUUUGCUGUUGCUAGAUAAUCAACAAAAAAACCAACAACUAAACAUUAAACAAAAUAGCAUUGUGUGGCAAAGUUGAUAUACAAAGCAUCGGUGGUUAUCUUCCAACAGACACAGACUCAAAAAUUGAGAUUAGAUGUUCUCCUUUUGAGUUCUUUGUCGCACUGGUUUCCUCCGACUGGUUUCUCUCGA